GCCGGAUACGAUUCCCGACACGAUGGAGAACGUGCAGCGAAGAGCUUGGCGAGUUGUGCAGCGGCACUUGGCGCUUCAGCCAGCUGAACGCAACCCAAUCGUGCAUGCGGCGUUGAUUGGUGCCACGUGGGUGUAUGCACAAGUGAGUUCGCAGAAGCGGCAGUGGCUGUUGAGUCGUCAACGAGCACUUCCCGUUCGGUCCAUCAGCUUUGGGAACGUCACAUGGGGAGGCACGGGUAAGACUCCAUGCCUGCACCACGUGGCGCGUAUGUUCCACGCAAGGGGUUUUGACCUACUUCUCGUCUCGCGCGUAUGUGCCCCCUUGUGACGCCUGAUUGAGCCAUGCAUGCGUUCGAAUGUAGGGAUAUGGCGACGAUGAAUGGAAAAUGUUUGCAGCUGAGUUUCCUCAUAGCCUCCUCGCGAUCGGCAAGCAUCGCUACGAUAAUGCCGUGGCGCAGCUAUCAUGUUUCAGGAGGUCACGAGCGACAGAGGUGGCGCGGUCGAGUCAGAUUGUCGCCCUGAUUGAUGACGGCCUCCAGCAAUGGCGCCUGAAGAAAGACCUCGAAAUCAUCAUGGUGGACUGCUACAAUCCCUUUGGCAAUGGUUUCCUCAUUCCAGCCGGUCGCUUACGCGAGCUACCCGAAGUGGCACUUCCAUCGGGCGAUAUCGUCGUGCUCCAUCAUGCCGCCCACUUGGAGAAUGCUGCUCUCGCUCAGUUGCAAGCUACCAUUCAACGAUGGACGCGGCCAGACACGUUGAUUGCGCACUCCCGCAUGCGCUUGACCAGCCUUCCCCUGGGCAUUCACCUCGACCAGCAUGUUCGCAACCGGCAUCAACCACUUGAUGCCUCGCUUCUAUUCCACGACAACUUGGUCGUCAUUGGCCUGAGUGGCAUUGGGUGUCCACAGUCCUUUCGAGACAUCCUUCACACUACCUUCCCCAACGCGGCCGAGGUGAAGGUCCAUGCCUUCCCUGACCAUUAUGCUUACUCGGCGUGCGACAUCCGCUCAAUCGUGGACACAGUUGAUGGUGAAAAGGCAAGUGGGCGAUCUGUGGUGAUUAUUACAACCGAGAAAGACUACCAUCGAUCCAAAGAGUUGCUGGAUGCCCAUCUCCCCGACCUCCGCGUGGCACUUUGCGAGUUGGAGUUUACAUAUGGCGGUGAUGAGUUCAAGAGGCGUGUGGAGCGACUUCUCAAUGAGUAAUUGUAUUCGGAUCAAGUAAAGUGCCUCGAAUCCAUCAUUUGCUUGUAUGGGCCUCUUCCAAACAAACGCCACACGGUACAACGAAUUUUACCGCCUCUCAAGCGUAGCCUUGCUGCGCUUUACAUGAAUAUUUUGUCAAAUGACGUGUGGA